ACUCUGCUAUAGGGUCUUAGCAGACUUCCGGCGGCCAGAGCCGCGGCGCGCGCCCAUUGCGCAUGCGCGCGGCGCCUGGUGUCCCCAGUGCCCAGUCCCCCUGCGGCGGGGACUUGGUACGGCCGAGCGGUUGGCUUACUCCGCCGCUCCUGUCAGGGGCGGGCUUUUCAAAUCAUCCCUUUGGAGAAGAGGCGACUGCCAGGACUGGUUGCGUUGGAGAUGGAGGAGCAGACGCUGAGGGGGCCUGGGCUCAGCCUGGCGGGGCUUCCCGCGCAGCAGGACUGCAACAUUCAAGAAAAAAUAGAUUUAGAAAUUCGAAUGCGAGAAGGCAUCUGGAAACUCCUUUCUCUGAGUACUCAGAAAGACCAGGUUUUACAGGCAGUUAAGAAUCUCAUGGUGUGCAACACUCGAAUAAUGGCUUACACAUCGGAGCUACAGAAAUUAGAAGAGCAGAUUGCAAAUAAAACUGGAAGAUGUGAUAUGAAUUCUGAAAGUAAAGAAAGAAUAGCAUGUAAAGGAAAGAUUGCCAUAUCAGAUGUUCGAAUACCACUAAUGUGGAAAGACUCUGAUCACUUCGGCAACAAAGAGCGAUCACAGCGCUAUGCCAUUUUUUGUUUAUUCAAAAUGGGAGCUGAAGUUUUUGAUACUGACAUGGUGAUUGUGGAUAAAACAAUCACAGAUAUAUGUUUUGAAAAUGUAACAAUAUUUAAUGAAGCAGGACCAGAUUUUCAGAUAAAGAUGGAAAUGUAUAGUUGCUGUACAGAAGAAUCUUCCAUAACCAAUACACCAAAGAAGUUAGCUAAGAAACUUAAGACAUCUAUAAGUAAGCUACAGAAAGAAGUAAAUUCAGUGCUUCAGGAAGAGAAUCAUGAAACAUGUUUGUUCUUCAGUUCUACUAUUUUUGGUGCAAAGUAUAAUUUGCUAGCUCAUACUACCCUAACCUUGGAAAGUGCUGAUGAUAGCUUCAAGACUCACAAUCUGUCUAUUAAUGGAAAUGAGGAGUCUUCAUUUUGGCUUCCCUUAUAUGGUAACAUGUGCUGCCGAUUAGUUGCCCAGCCAGCUUGUAUGGCUGAGGAUGCAUGUGCAGGAUUUCUUAAUCAGCAGCAAAUAGUAGAAGGUCUGAUUAUUUGGAGAAGGUUGUAUGGUGUUUUGAGAGGAGGUAAACUGUAUUGUUUUUAUAGUCCAGAAGAAAUUGAAGCUAAAGUGGAGCCAACCUUGGUAGUGCCCAUUCAUAAGGAAACCAGAAUUCGUGCAAUGGAUAAAGAUGCCAAGAAAAGAAUUCAUAAUUUCUCUGUCAUCAACCCUAUUGCUGGACAAGCUAUAACUCAUGUUUUUGCAGUUGACUGUAAAGAAGAUCUUCACAAGUGGAUGGAAGCCUUCUGGCAGCAUUUCUUGAUCUUAGUAAGCCAAUGGAAGCACUGUUGUGAAGAACUUAUGAAAAUUGAGAUUAUGUCACCACGGAAACCACCUUUGUUCUUGACAAAAGAGGCAACCUCAGUGUACCAUGAUAUGAGUAUUGAUUCACCUAUGAAGCUUGAAAGUUUAACUGACAUAAUACAAAAAAAAAUUGAAGAGAUGAAUGGACAGUUUCUUAUUGGUCAGCAUGAAGAACCUUCACCACCUCCUUGGGCUUCAGUCUUUGAUGGUAAUCAUAAAAUGGUCAUCCAGAAAAAGGUAGUGUGCCCUACAAGUGAGCAGUUACAUGAUGGGAAAGGGAAAAAGAGACGAGCUCCCCUUCCUCCUUCCGAUAAACCUCCAUUCAGCUUAAAAACACAGAGCAACACAGAUCACCUGGUUAAGGACAACUGGGGAGAAGCAAGUCUAUCUCGAACCUCACCUUUGGAUACCAGACUAUCAAUCCUAAUGCAUCACUUACAGAAACCAGUCGCUGCUCCUCGAAAACUUCUUCCUGCCAGGAAAAAGAGUUUAACUGAUGGCGAGCACAUAGACACUGAAACCAGUUUUAAAGCUAAGCCAGUGCCAGCUCCAAGGCAGAAAUCCAUCAGAGACAUUUUGGACUCUAGAUCAUGGUUACAGGCACAACUAUAGAAAGCCCAUACUGUAUAAAACAUUUAACAAAAUCUAUAACUGUGAGGCUUAAUACAAUGGCAUAAAUAGAUUGUCAUGUAAUUUCAUAGGUAAAUAUGGUAGUGAUUUGCAUAUGUAAUUAAUCAACUAUUUGGUGUAGAAAAACAUCUUUAUAAUGAAGACAUGGAUUUCUCUUUUACUUCUGAGUUUCAGAAUAUAAGUGAUUUUCCCUGAAGAGUGUAAGAGGCAGUUUCUAGACAAUAUCCUAAUUGUUGGAAGGGUUAAUUUAUUCCUAAAUUAGUACCAGGCAGUGAAUAAGCACUAGGCAGAAGAAAGCAUUAACAUUUCUUUUGGGGAGAGACUGUCUAGUAAUUUAAAAUGUGUUAAAUAUGAGCCAUAUUCUCAUUGUGAGAAUUUUAAUACUAAUGGAAUGUUUCAAAGGUUUUAUUCAAACCACAAAUUAUAGAAUCCACCCAAGAAAAUUUUCUUCUUAGCAUUCUGGAAUUCUCAUCUAAUGGUUCACUGACUCUCAUCUAUUGUUUAACUCAAUAGUUUAUAGGCUUGACCUUUUAAAUUCCUGGGAUAAAUUUUGGAAUAUUAAAUUCUUUGUCUUUAAAGGGAAUUUCUAAUGUGCUGUUCAAAGUCGUUUCCUUGAUGAUCCCUGAAAUCCUGUUGACAUUAAUUCUCAUAAGUGAAGCAUAACAUUUAUUAGUUUAGAGAAAUGGUAGAUGAAAUGUUCUUUACAUCCACUUUUCUGUGUGUGGUGCUAAUUUCCAUUGUGAUUUUAGAUUUUCGGGAAGUGAGUGGCUGAUUAACACCUUAAAAUUUAUUUAAUACUUAUUUAAAAAGCAGAUGGUAGAUUCAAAAAUAUCAGAAAAGUUGGCCUUGGUAAUAAUUUUCAGAAUUAAUCCUUUUUAAAUUUUUAAUUAGGUUUCCUUUCUCUAGUAAGGGUUGAUGUCUGUUAUUGAUAUUAUUCAUUAAAAGUCAUAUUCUUACAAUAACAACAUUGGAAUCAUUUCCAUAGGAGGUAAUUUCCAUAGCAACUAAUCAUAGUGACCCAAACAGGAUUAUGAAAUGAAGUGAGGAAUAAAUAGCAAGAGGAUGAAUAUCUUCAAGGAACAAAAAAAAAUCCAUUUUUAAAUGCUCCUUGUAAACAAGAGCUGAAUGGUUUUUAAAAUCUAAUCAGAAUUUCCAAAUAAAAGUUUCCAUAAGGUGUCAGCAACAGCACUAAAAAUCUCAAUUCACACUAAACCUUAAACAUUAUUGCAUGAAGUAAAAAUAUAAGAAUUAAAUUACUGCCCUGUGUGUAAUCUCUAGAGAUCUUUUUAAAGCUAGUAAGAACUCUAUUUGGAUCAGAACUACAUUAUUACAAAAUAAAAUGAACACUUGACCAAAAAAAGCAUUAAUUUAAAUGGAGCCUCUCGUUAUUUUUAGAUUGCUGAGUCUUUCUUCAUUUAUAGAGCAUGAUGUAACUGCCAGGUUACUUUUGUGCUUGCCCAGGAUUCUUAGUCAAAAUUGGAACUCGGGAAAGUAAUGACACAAAAGGUCUCUUGUGAUUGGUGACACCGGGACGGACAAGCAUUUGAGGAGAAGAAAGCGCUAUGUGUUUACCUGAUGAAAUUCAGAUACAAUUACAUGUAUGAAAAUCUAAAAAAUGGGUUAGUUUAUUUUUUCUAACCAGAAGACUCUUACAAAAUUUCUGUGGUGGUUGCCAUUUCAGUAAAUGACAUAUUUGGAAAGGAUAUUAUUGUUUGAAUUUUUUUGUUAAUUUUUUAAAUCCACACUGCUGUUCUUGACAUCUUUUGUGACUAUCAUUGCCACUAAAAUGUUGAGCUAGAAAAUGCUGCAGGCUAAAUUGUUCUGAUACUGGCAUCUAAACAUUCUUUUUUGUGUCCUUGUUCAUGCCUUCUUUUAUUAUAAGCUAGUAUUAAAACUUCCAAAUUAUAAUUUUGUCAUUUCUCCUCAUGCAAAUUAUAGCAGGCAAAAUUAAAAUUGUAUAGGAAAGAGAAUUUAUUCAAAGAGAAAUUACCUAGCACUUGUAUUUCAGGAACUCCAAAUCAGGUCUGAAGUCCUUCCUAAAACUAUUUAGGUAAAGCCUAACCAAGGGCCAACCCCCUACCUUACCUCACCCCCACAAAUUAUUCUGUUUCUGGGGACCCAUCUUAUUAUAUGUUAUGGAGCCUUUAAGAUCCUUUGAAGUCUUCAGCUAUGAAGACUUGACCAUUGUGUUCAUUAAAUGAUAGUUCACACCCCCUUAAAAGGGGUCGUUGCAAUACAAAGUUGGGUGGGUUUUUUUUUUUUCUUCCUGACCCCUCCUACACUCUGCCUCCUCUGCUCCUCCCCCACCUUCCCUCACAAUUAAAAAAAAAAAAAAAAAAAUCAAAAAAUACUGAGUUAAAAACUGUCAGGGAGUUCAUCAGAAGUAUUUGUUUUCUCAUUUCCUGAACCAGAAGUUUAUGACAGAGAAAUAUGCCAUGUAAUAUAAAAGAUGUUUCAGAUUUUUAUGAGCUGGCUUUUCAUAUUCCUUGUUUGUCCUUUUAAUUUGCUUCUUGAUGUAUGAAGACUAUAAACUUAAAGAGUUAGCUGUCAGAUCUUGAUAAUAAUAUUAUAAUUAGAGAAACAUAAUAGAAAGAACAGAUAUUUUAUAUUAUGAUAAUUUUGAUGAUCUGAAGAUAAUGUCUCAGACAAUGACAUUUAUGUUUCAAGCUCUAAGAUAUAAAUUACUUACAGCAGCAUUUAAGAUAGUAUUAUUUUUAAUUGCUACAAAGUGAUAAAUUUUUUAUUUUUACAUCUUGCCAAGGACAAAGAAGACUUUUUCUUUUUUAAUUGUAAAUGCACACCUCUUACCUACGGUAAACAGUCUUUCAAAAAAACAACAGACAUGCCAACUGUUUCUAAGUUUGUUAAGUCCUCCUUCACGUCUGCAGUGCCCCCUAACUUCUUUCAAAUGGAUGUGGAAAACCAAAUCCAUUUUUUAUAAACACUUAUCUUUACCCUUUAGUAUCCUACCAAAUUUACCUGGUACUAAAAAUAGAAGUUGCCUUGAUGUAGAGACAACUCAUGUAAGAGGUUAAACAGUCAAUUAUUUCUUUAGGCUUAUGUUCAGCACCUCAGUCACCUACUGUCCUGUGAAGUUAAUUAAUUCAGCCCAAAAUGAAAUUAUAGGGCAGUUUGGUGCAGUUUAUGUUAAAUGCACUCUCAUGUAAUCAUCUGUUACCAUGAAUGAAGAGCAACCAAGAUAGAUAGAGGUAGAAUGCUAUACUGUGAAACAGAAGAGAAAUGCUUUUGCAGGAAGGAAUAUUUGUCCCUAUGUUAAAAAUUUAUUAAAAUUCAUUUUUUUAAAAAAGUGAAUUAUUGAAUAGUAAUUAAACUUUAAUUGAUGACCAUUUAUGUUCUAAUAAUUAUCUUCAUUAUUCUAUUAAACUAUAAUAUAUAGUUGACUUUUGUACUUAUAUUUCAAGGUAUUAUUAUUCUUAAGUAUUUACAUGUUCAUGUUUAACUUCUUAUUGUUAAUAAUAGUUAUAUGAAAACUGUUUAUUCUGGAUUAUGCAUUUUCAUAGUUUAACCUGGCAAUAAUGUUACUUUUGAGUUUUUAAAAGACAAGAUUUCAUUUGGAAAUAUGUUAGGGUAUGUUAUUUUCUGACAUGCUUGUAUCUUUAGUAUUGUUUAUCAUUUUUAUUCAUUAAUUAAAUGUGGAUCAGAUUUCCGGAUUUGAAAGUAUUAAUUUUAUCACACACUUUUUUUUUUAAUACCAAAGGUUUGGUAAAGAGACCUAAGUCAUGUAAUUCACUCUUCUGUACAUUAAAGGAACUGAUUCAUGAAGACAUUUUCUGAUAAUUUUCCUUAGGUCUGCCCUCUGGGCUAAACUGAUAGCAGUAGACAUUGUGGUAGAAUCAGUUUAAUCAGAGAAAAACUUGCAGGAACUGGUACUAAUUAUUAUAAGACUAAUACUCUGAUUGCCUUGGUAUAAUUAACAUUUAUUUAAAUGCUUGCAUAUAAUCCUUAACAUGUACAUACUCUUAAAAAUUCACUGAUAUAACCUAAUUUUUAGUUUGUGAUCUAAAAUCUCCCAAGCGCUUAAGUCACUCUGAUAAUAAAUUAGUUACCUGGUAUAUCCAGUCACUGUUAGCCACAAGGAGAUCCUUAUUUUAAUUCAUCUCCCUCAGUAUGCAAUUUAUUCCCAUGGAGCACAUCAGAGGGAGGGGAAAACAAAUGAGCACUUCUGGCUCAAUUGUAUUAUUUCAGCAUUUUAUUUCUAAGUGUAGUAUGAUUAGAAAUAUUUGAUGUUUCUUUUUAGGAAAAAACUUUCUUUUCUCUAAGGAGAGAAGCCUCCUGGAAUCAUUGUGUGUUAACAUUGGUUAACAUUGAACAAAAUACCUUAAGGUUCAGUUUUAAAAAUAAACUAUUACAAAAAAUAUUACAAAAACAUUUUUCUCUGAGUAUAGAAAAAAAUACCAAUCCCUACAUAUUUGAUAAUUAAGCAAGAUCAUGGCAAAUUUUACUGAAAAUUGUAUUUUCAUUUGUAGCAGUUUGCUUUGGAGAGAUAUAGUAACCUUAAUGCAGCUACUAAAGGAGAAAUAGAUUGAAAAGUUCUUGUAUAUAAAAUUAUGCUGUGUUGCAAGCAUGUUUCAAGAUUUCAAAAUUAAUUUUCUUGAAAAAGGAUACUUUUCUGUCUUCUAGAGAUUGAACUCAGGGCACUCAACCACUCAGCCACAUCCCCAGGGUCUCACUGAGUUGCUUAGAGCCUCACUUUGGCUGUGGCUAACUUUGAGCUCUCGACGAUACACCUUCCUCAGCCUCCCGAGCCACUGGGAUUUGCACACAGCUACUUUUCUGUCUGCUGUCAAAGUAUUUUUAUGUUCAUUUUCUACUCCAAACUAAUUUUGUUGAUGUGAACAGACACAUUUUUGUUGAACUUAGUUAAGAGAAACAUUUUAACUUAGCUAUAAUUUAUAUCAAAAGGAGAAAAAGUUUUAAGAAUUACCCACUUAACCUCCAGUAUUAAAAUGUGUGUUUUAUGUAUAUGUUUGUUUUAUAUUCCUUCUUUUGUGCCAUGUGUAAGAGAGAGAGAUAGACCUUCUAAGCCCUUGCUCUGUUUUCUGCAUUUGUCCCCUGCAUCACAGAUUAUCAUAAGAUUAGCUACUUCACCCAAGACUAGUUGAUCAUCUCACAUUUCUAUACAUCAGAAGUCUUGGUUGGCUCACAUGGAAUCUUUGUUUCUGAUCUCAUAAGACUAAAAUCAAGGUGUUAACUAAGCUGGACUUUUUUCUGGAGACUCUUGGAAAAAUCCACUUUCCAUCUUAUUCAUUUUUUUAGAGAAUUCAGUUCUGUAUAUUUGUAGGACUGGCUCUUGGCUAGGGGGCACUCUUAGCUCCUAGAGCCACUUUCCAUUCCUUGUAUGUGACCUUUUCAGUCUUUUAAGCCAGCAGUAGUGCAUCUGAUCUUCCUUAUGCUUCAAGUCUUGACUGUUCUAUUUGCUACCGUUGAAGAAAAUGCUUUGCUUUUAAAGGGCUCAUGUGAUGAAAUGGGGGAUACUUAUAGGAUGGUCUUUUGAUUAAUUCGAGAUCCAGUUUUAAUUACAUUUGGAAAGUUCCUUUUGCAUGUGAUAUAAUCCCACUGUUACCUCCUCUUACUCAUGGGGCAAGAAAUAUUUAUGUGCCAUUUUAGAAUUCUACCUUUUAGAAUUCUACAUUUUUCAAAAUGAAGGAGCAUGUCUUACUGAACUUUUAACCCUGUCAUACUGUGAUGAAAAUGAGUACAUUGAACAUUUGUUGUGUGUAAGAUACUGUGAUAAAUAUUUUAUAUGAAUUAACUUAUUUAAUAAUUUCCAUAGCUUUCUAUGAGCCCUACCUAACAAAUGUUUUCCUGGUCAUUCUGCAUAUUAGAUAAGUAUGGAUUCUGUAGUUAGACCUGGGUUAAAUUCUAUUUCUGCCAGGACCUAGCUGUGGGGCAAGGCACUUUUUAUUUGUUUUGUUUUCUAGUUGUUUGGUUGGUGGCUUUUUGUUGCUUUACCUCAUUUGAGGUUUUCUUAAAUCUUUAGGGAGAAAACAGUACUUGCCACCUUAGAUAGUUGCAAUUAUUAAAUAAGAUAAUACAUCAAACACAUAACCCAGUAUCUGGUACUUAAACUCUUGCCUUAUUUCUACAGUAUGGCAUGUAAUACGUGGGAAAAUGCGUAAAAGGAGAGAGGAUGUAGCUGAUCAAAAUAUGCCAAUGCAUAUGACUUAAAGUCACUUAUAACUCCUCCCAUUUUAUUUUCUUUUUUCUCAUUGUGAGCAUGUUAGGGUUAUAGUGUAUAAAACUUUAGAACAUACCUAAAAAUAUGUCCAAAUGCUUACUGCCCACUGAGUCUCAAAUCCUAUAUCUGGCACUGUUGGGGCUUACAAAUUAAAAGAACACCCAAUUUCAAGAAGCUCACACUCUAGUGGGUGGGACCAAGCAUAACAGAGAAUACUGAGAUUAAUUACUACUUGCCUCACCUGCCUCCCAUAUAUUUAGUAUAAACCUAUCCAGAUACAUAUAUUUAAAAUAAUCUCUAUCUCCCAUUAAAAAAACAAGUCGUAAAGAUGAAAGAAUACAUAAAGUGGGCAAUAUCAACGAGUAGACAAUCUAACAUAAUUAAGCAUCUAAUUUUAAGUGCUAUGAGAGAUAUUAGAACUUUUACAAAGCAAUUUUUUAAGUAAGUGAAAAAGGCCUUAUUUCUUUUCACUAUUAAAAUAAUGAGUUAAGCAAUACAAAAUUAUAUACUACAAAUAUCUUGCAAUCUUGUCAGGACUCAUUAUACAAUUUUUCAAAUCUUGUAAGGGUAAGUAAAGUAGGAAACAGCUCAUCCCCUGGUUUCUGGAGGUGUUUAAUUUUAUACCACUCAAAGGGAGUUGAGUAGUCAUUGAAGUUGUGGAAAGAAAUGGGUUGGUUAGGAUACUUGACUGGGCAGAAGUGGAGUGGGCACGUUAAGGCUAUACAACAAGUUGACAUGAUUGAAGCAAAUGUCCUGAUAGGGAACGAUAGGAUAGUUGGUCUAUAUAUAGGACCUUAAAUGCCAGUUCAGGCAAAUAAGGUUAAACUAACAGUUGACUUCAGAACUAGCAUUAGCAGGGUUAGUGAAAGGAAUACUCAACUUAUGAGUUAAGAAAAUUGAACUUUUGUUUUUGGAUACCACUAACUAGUCAUGUACACUUAUAUGUUAUUUAUUUACCUGUUUAAUUUUCUUAGCAAUAAAACAAGGUGGGGAUGGCUACUGGUGUUUGUCUCUUUCUGAUCCAUAGAUGCCUAUGGCUCCUGAAUUGAUGCCGCUGGGAUGAUGUCAAGAAAUUGAGCCUCUGGGUCUCUCCUAUUCAGCUAGAGCAGCUCUGGAUUUUAUGUGUUCUCUGUUUUAACCCUACAAGGAAGUAUUAUAAUCUCAUUUUAUAGAGGAGCAGCUUGAAGGACAGAACAGUUAAGUAACUUGCUCAAGAUCUGAUAAUAACUUGUCAGGGCAGGCUUUGACUCUUAUCAGUCAUUAUUCAGAAUGAGUGCUAUCAUUCUCAAUGUACUAGUAGCCUUUAGUAAAUGAAAUAGCAAAAAAAAAAAAAAAGAGAGAGAGAGAGAGAAAGAACAAGUUGCAAGUUUUGCCAGAAGAGCCUCCAAACACCUUUCCCCUAGUAAUGUGGUCCCGUUGUGUAUCCCUUUGCAUUUAAACCCCAAAUCCCUUUAAUUCACAAUGAGAUCCAACCUAUGCUAUUUUUGCAUGACAGUACAUGGCCCUGGGUUUAAGGAGCAUUUGGGUAUAUAAACCUGAUUCUACCACCAGACUGUGGAAAGUGUUAAUAGAGAUAUGAAGGAGAGGAGAAAAUAAAUUCCAUGUAAUGACAUCUGGAAAAAUUGGAAGAAGUGGUAUUUGAGCCAGGUUUUGAAGUAUGAGUUGGUCCUCAUUAAUUUUAUUUCUUUAGGUAGAAAGCAAAAGAGGCUAACUUAAACUGAGAAGAAAAUAAAAGGUGGAAAAAUUUAUCAGAAGACUUGAAUAUUUAUGCCUCAAAUGUCAGUGCAUCUUCUUACAUAAAACAAACACUACUAGACAUAAAACCCCAGUUCAUCCCCGAUAAAAUAAUAUUAGGUGAUUUCAACAUACCUCUCUCAUCAAUAGAUAGGUCAUCCAGACAAAACAAAAUGCUUCAGACCUGAAAAAUACCUAUCAAUCAAAUAAACCUAACAGAAUCUAUAAAUAUUUGAUGCAUCAGCAACAGAACACUUUCUUCUCAGCUAUGCAUGAAACCUUCUCCAAAAUAGACCAUAUUCCAGGAAGUCUUAUCAAAUACAAAAAAAAUCUAGAUAAUUCUUUGCAUAUAAUCGGAUCAUAAUGGAGUGAGAUUAAAAAUCAGUAGCAAAGUAAAAA